UUCGUCUCUCUUAUGUAAACUUAACAGGAAUGAUAUUAUUUUGUAACUUGAUUGUAGGUGUUGAUACCAGAUGGAAGGUAUAUCCGUAAUCAAAAGGACCGUGUGGAGCUGACCUUAAAAGGUAAAGUCUCUAGGGCGAGUACCCCCUAUGGUUGUAGUCUGCGCUAGAGUUGGAAUGAAAGGCCAAAUCCACCUUAUUCCCCUCUGUUGAGAAUAUCAGUAAACUCUGCGUAUAGCACUUAAUUCAAAACGGUCUCUAUUAAGCGCUUUGCCUCGGAUAAUCUGGCAUCCACGGCCAGAAUUAUAUAAACCCGGAGCGUCCAAGGAGAUUGAUUUUGUGCAAAAGAUCUGGAGGGCAACAGCCAGACUCAACUUUGUGGAUUAUGAAUGGUUGCCUAUUUCUGGCACAAGAUGGAAAAGCCAACCCGGACUCUCUUCCCUUUCCAAAUGCAUAUGAGCAAUGUGUAUGGUCCCUGAAAGCCUGUCACUGGGGUCUCUUUGGGAUCGUGGGGGAAGACAUGCUACAUGGUCUUCAGGAUUAUAGCAGCUAUACUCUUACUAACCCCCCAUCUGGUUACCCUUCUUGGCCUCUCAAAGUCAAGGGGCUGUCUACUGAAAUGGCCUGUAGAUUACAGGUAAAUAUUUUGGCCGAGACUCCACUUUACGUCGUUAAGGGUGCACAGCACACCUUGCAUUGACGGAAUUUGGUACACGAUGCAACCCAAUCUAAGCAUCAUAGCGCGGUAUUGAGUAUCUUGUCCAUUGCAUGUACAACCCAGGUGAACCCCUCGUUGCCGGUCCAGCCAGAAAAUUCCGGCUUGGCGAAAGUGAAGAAGCAUGGCAGUAAAUCAAGGCACUUAGUGAACCCCCUGGCCUGCAUUUCAGAUUUUUGAUUCCAUAAUCCUCUAUGAUAAUAACGAGACGACAUAUCAGCUUCAGAACUGGUAUCCUGGCCUUUAAGAUUGUGCAGGACUAAUUUCUGGUUAAUUUUUGAGCCUGAAAUCGGCCAACUCUUGGCGCAUUUUCC